AUGUCAGUGCCCCUCAAGCUGGUGCUAUAUGUACCAAUGGCCACACGAUGCCUCAGCUCCAUCUGUACAUCCGCUAGAUCAAACUGGGACAUCCAUAAGAUUGCUGUUGCUCAUCAUCUAGGACCAGUUCCUGUUGGAGAAACCAGGGUCUUCAUUGCUGUCUCAUCUGUUCACCGUGCUGAUGGUUUAGAUGCUUGCAAGUUCUUGAUCGAUGAGCUCAAGGCGACCGUUCCGAUAUGGAAGAAGGAGGUGUACACUAAUGGAGAGAUUUGGAAGGAGAAUAGUGAGUUUCUCUGUGUUAGAUUUAUUAUCUUUAUCUUUUAUGCUCUGUUUAGAGAUGGCUGA